GACACCGCGAGACGUUGUACCCGAAAAGGCGCGUUCAAGAAUGAUGUUAACAUGCUGAUCUUAUCCUUACCAAGUCAACAAUCCGGACUCUACAUCAAUGUCGUAACUGAAAAAAGGUCGUGGGAAUAUACAGUGUGACGAUAUACGCGAUUUUUCGGCCGAUAUAGACUUUUUUGGAGGUUUUUAGCCAAUUUUCUUCAAGAUGCUCUUAUGUUGGAUUUAUUUGGGUAUUCUCUUAGAAUCAGUAGUAGCCUUCGACUCACACCUCCGAGGACCGUCAUUCGUAAUGGAGCCUCCUUCAAGACUGGAAUUUUCAAACUCAAGCGGGGGAUGGCUAGAUUGCUCAGCGUCUGGCAGUCCUCAACCUUCUAUAGACUGGCUCUCCGUUGAUGGCACGUCGGUCGGCGACAUAUCAGGAAUACGAAGGGUCCUGAGAAACGGAACGUUAUUUUUACAACCCUUCGCUGCUCAGUCUUAUAGACAAGACGUCCACAGUACUGUGUAUAGGUGUAUAGCAAGUAAUAGCGUAGGGAGGAUUAUCAGCAGAGAUGUCCAAGUUAGAGCUGUGGUCACACAGUCAUUCAGGGUAGACGUAGAAGUGAUAGGUGCAGCUCGGGGCUGCACAGCAGUAUUAAAAUGUAUAGUGCCAAAUUUUGUUAAAGACUUAGUAAGAAUCAUAUCAUGGGUUCAGGAGCCCACGUUUUUUAUAUAUCCAUCUCUACAAGGAGACGGCAAGUUCCACCAACUUCCCUCAGGAGAAUUGCUCAUCCAUAACUUGGAGUUCAGCGACCAGUUUCCUACUUACCGCUGCAGGACAAUGCAUCGCCUCAGCCGACAGGUCGUGGUCAGUAGUCCCGCUAACGUCAGAAUUACAGAACAUCGAGGCAUUGUAUCUCCGGUGAUUGUGGAAAAUUCAGGAGCAGUCACUGUAGCGCAAGACGAAGGAGCCGCAUUAAUAUGUAUAGCUCAAGGAUGUCCAGCACCAGAAUACAGGUGGUACAACCAUGCAGGUCUAGAGCCAAGCCUUAUUAUUCCUGGUCCUAGAGUUCGCCAAUUGGGACCUGUAUUAGCAAUUGAAGCAGUUAAUACCGAGGACGGUGGCGUCUACCGGUGUUCGGCUUCAAAUGCAGGAGGCGAAUCCAGUGCUGAACUGCGCCUAAUAGUUUCUACGACGUUGCACGUCGAAAUUUCACCGCCUCUGCUGAGCGUUCAUAUGGGCGGAAGCGCAGAAUUCAGAUGCGUAGUCUCUUCUCAAAGCGGCGGUCCACACUUAGUAACAUGGUACAAAGAUGGUCGACAACUUCCUAGUACCGGAAGGGGCUCUAGUGAGACGCUCAUCGUAAAUAAUAUCGGAAGAGAAGAUCGAGGAAUGUAUCAAUGUGUCGUACGAAGAGCGGAAGGUGAUACCGCCCAAGCUGCUGCCGAACUUCAAUUGGGGGAUGCGCCUCCAAUCCUGCUGUACAGUUUUAUCGAACAAACGCUGCAACCGGGCCCCGCUGUAUCUCUUAAAUGUAGUGCUUCAGGAAAUCCGACUCCGCAGAUAUCGUGGACUUUAGACGGUUUCCCGUUACCAAGUCAUGGAAGAUUUGUAAUCGGACAGUAUGUUACGGUCCACGGAGAUGUAAUUAGCCACGUUAACAUCAGCCAUGUUAUGGUAGAAGAUGGUGGAGAAUACAUGUGUACAGCGGAAAAUCGAGCAGGAAAAAGUUCUCAUUCAGCACGUUUAAACAUAUAUGGAAUGCCCUACAUCCGCCUAAUCCCGAAAGUGACCGCAGUGGCUGGCGAGACCCUCCAGCUCAAGUGCCCGGUGGCCGGCUACCCCAUAGACGAGAUCCACUGGGAGAGGGGCGGGAGAGAGCUGCCGGAUGAUUUGCGACAAAAAGUACUCGGUGAUGGCACGUUGGUUAUCAGUCCGGUGGAAAAGAAGGCCGAUUCAGGCGUGUAUACUUGCUGGGCGAGGAAUAAACAAGGGCAUAGCGCACGAAGAAGCGGAGAAGUCAACGUAAUAGUUCCUCCAAAAGUUAGCCCAUUCUACGCAGAAGACACUCUUCACGUUGGCGACCGAGCCAGCCUAACCUGUUCUGUAACCAAAGGAGAUCUACCUUUGACAAUAUCUUGGCACAAAGACGGAAGAUCCGUAGAACCUGCUCAAAUGAUGUCGAUAACGCAGGUGGACCAAUUCACUAGCAUUCUGGUGAUAGAGAGUCUCUCUCCAGAACACAACGGCAACUAUUCUUGCGUAGUGAGGAACCUUGCAGCAGAGGUCUCCCACACACAGCAGUUGGUUGUUAAUGUACCGCCGAGGUGGCUAGUUGAGCCGGUUGAUGUCAGUGUGGAACGCAACAGGCAUGUGGCUCUCCACUGCCAAGCUCAAGGCGUUCCUACACCCACGGUUAUAUGGAAAAAAGCAACAGCUAGCAAAUCUGGAGACUAUGAAGAAGUUCGAGAUCACAUGUACACAAAAUUACUGGGUAAUGGUACCUUAUUGCUUCAACACGUCAAAGAAGACCGUGAGGGCUACUAUCUAUGUCAAGCAGAUAAUGGCAUUGGUACUGGAAUUGGCAAAGUUAUACAGCUUAGAGUUAAUUCUUCACCAUACUUUUCUGCCCCAUCGCGGCUUGUUACCGUCAAAAAGGGAGAUGCUGCGCUGCUUCAUUGUGAUGUGAACGGUGACAAACCAAUUAAUGUGGUAUGGUUACGGGGCGGCAAAACCGAAUUAAAUCCGUCCACCAACUACAGAGUUAACGUUAAACAGGACGUUACGCCAGAUGGGGUGGCAGCAGAAUUGCAAAUAUUAAAUGCAGAUGCGAAAGACAGUGGAGCCUACUUUUGCCAAGCUAGCAACAUGUACGGUAGAGACCAACAACUAGUUCAAUUGUUAGUACAAGAACCGCCAGUUCCACCUCAAAAUGUAGAAGCAGCAAUGAUCAGUAGCAGAUCAGUUAAUCUCAAAUGGCAACAUAAGUCUGGCGAUACGCACGAGGUCUUCAAGUUUAUUAUAGAAUAUCGGGAGAUGGAUCGAUCUUGGCAUCAAAUUGAGCUGUCAGAUUCGCCGCUACCAUUCACUGCCCUUAUCGAAGAUCUGAAACCGGCUACGAAGUACACGUUUCACGUCAUCGCAGAAGGUCCAGCAGGUAAGAGUUCUCCCAGUGAAGAUCUCCUUUUAAGAACGGAGCCCCAACGUCCUGCUGGUCCUCCGCUGAAUCCCGCUACUAGGCCUAUUUCUUCCUCAGAAAUAUUGGUGACGUGGUCACCACCGUUACCUGAAUUAAGGCAUGGAGAUAUACAGGGUUUUAAUAUAGGUUAUCGCACUGCCAUUAUGGGUAGCUACAAUUUUACUUCCAUUAAUGGAGACGGCGAAGACGGUGGAGAAAUAUUGCUUGGUGGGCUAAACAAAUAUACUAGAUAUACAAUUGUUGUUCAAGCAUUUAACGAAGUAGGAGCAGGGCCACUAUCGGAGCCUGUAACAGCCCAAACCAUGGAAGAUGUGCCCAGCAUGCCACCGGAAGACGUCAGAUGUGCAGCUUUGACGUCUCAAUCGCUACAAGUUAGUUGGCAGCCACCCCCAACGGAGCAUUGCAACGGCCUCCUCCAGGGCUACAAACUAACAUAUGAGCCAGUGCUGGACGAUAAUUGGAGAGGCAAUGACGAGAUGGAGACGCGAAAAACGACUGCACUGACAACAGUAAUCACUGGAUUGAGAAAGUUUACCAACUACAGUUUGCAGGUAUUGGCAUUCACGAAAGUUGGUGACGGAGUUUUAACGACACCAUCCUAUUGCCAGACGGAAGAAGACGUACCUGGACCACCAGCAGACUUAAAGGUAGUAGUAAGUUCUCCGCAAUCGCUAAAAGUUUCUUGGCUGCAACCUGUGGAACCCAAUGGAGUACUAACCAAAUACAACUUGUACCGAAGAAGCAUGGAUGGUCGCACGGAAGUGGAUAAUGCAAGACAAACAAUAUCUAGUCAAAAUACAAUAUUUGAAGUGAAAAGUGUUCAAUCUCACAUUGAGUAUCAGUUUUGGGUCACAGCUUCGACCAGAAUAGGAGAAGGACAAAGUUCGAAGGUUGUUUCUCAGGUUGCAACACCUCGAGUACCAGCUCGAAUAAUUUCUUUUGGAGGAGUGGUAGUAAGACCAUGGCGCAGUACUGUAUCUUUCAAUUGUGAAGCUGUUGGAGCUCCUAAAAGAGAGUGGCUGAGAAAUGAUCAAAUACUUAAGGGGGGAGCCAAUCAUAACAUUCAGCUCAUGGAUACAGGAGAAUUAAUUCUGUCAAAAUUGCAAAUAGGAGAUGUUGGAAACUACACUUGUCAUGUUGAUAAUGGUCAGGGAACAGACAGAAUUAUAUAUCAUUUAAUAGUACAGAUUCCUCCUAUUGCCCCAUUACUGUACGUGACUAGUGCAACUAGUAGUAGUGUUCUACUUCACUGGAAAGCUGGAAACAACGGCGGUGCUUCAAUAAGUGGUUUUACACUUAAUUAUAAGAAGGAACACGGAGAUAUUGAGGAAGUUCAUUUAUCCAGACAUGCAACGAGUUAUGAAUUGAAAGGUCUUUCCUGUGGAACGACCUACCACCUCUACUUGAUUGCUCACAACAAAAUCGGAAGCUCGCCUGCCAGCCAUCCGCUCCAGGCCAGAACGCAAGGCCAUCCACCCGGAGUUCCUUCCUUAACUUCUUUCAUUUCUCCCAAUUCCACUUCAGUUAUUUUACGCCUUCACGUCUGGCCUGACAACGGUUGCCCCAUUUUAUAUUUUAUACUACAGUAUAAGAAAGCGACUGAAACGCAGUGGACCUUAGUGUCAAAUGCGUUAAAACCACAACGAAGAACGUCUAUUACUGGUUUAACUCCUGCUUCACAAUAUGUAGUCAAACUAGAAGCUCAUAAUGUUGCAGGAUUUUCGACUGAAGAAUUUAAUUUUAUGACGCUUACUAAAGAGGGAGAUGUGCCACCUCCCGAUUUGAUGAAACAGGGAGACGAUGACUCGCCUUUCUAUUCUGAUUUAAAAGUUGUUAUACCGUUAGUAGUUUUAUUUGUAGCAAUAAUUAUUUCUGCCAUAGGGGCUCUGAUAUGUAUGAAGCGACGCUACGUUUCAGGUCACAACGACGCAGCUAAGGAACAAUUGGAUAACCAACAAAAUGCAGAAGCUCAAAGAGAGAGAUAUUAUGCCACUAUUCAUAAGGUUUCUUUGCAGGCCGGAGAAAAAAUUCCAGAGACUUCAGAAGACAUAUCACCGUACGCAACAUUUCAAUUAUCAGAACCUAGUACUUUACCACAAAAUACGAUGCUUCAUAGUUUCAUGUACCACGAGCAUCCAAUGACUGAAGGUUGUGCGUCACCGCCGCCAGCCACCUCAUCUGUUCAACGAAACUCGCCAUAUUACAAUAUCCAAAAAUUUCAAAGUACAAAAGGCCAUGGCCGGCGACGUGCCAAUAGAAAAAAUGAUGUGGAUAGCGACGAUAGCGAAUCGGAUCAAGACCAGCUAACGUCGAGUCGGACAGAGUCUUCCAAUCAAUUAGAUAUGAAACAUAAGCAUAACUUCCUUUAUCAUGGUGCUCAAUCCAGUACAUCAUCAGAUAUUUCGCCAAUGUCAGACCAAAAGUCGCUUCCACGUAGAAAUAGAAACAGGUGGUUGGCUCAGGGUGGGAGAAGCAAUUCUCAAAGGCAGAUGUUAAGUCAUCUUUCGGUCGCAGAGACACCUUUCACUGAGAGGCAGCCCACGGAUCAGAGCACUCCUGAUCGGCCCGAGCUUAGUGAAGCGGAAUGCGACAUCGACACUCUCAAGAAGCUGAAGCUCGGAUUGAGGUCCACCUUGUGGUCCCGACCUGCUGCCGGUGGAAAUGGACAACCUACAGACUAUUCCAUUGCAGUAUAAUAGAUUGAGCAAAAAUUGUUAAAAAUAUAUCGAAUUUGGUUAAUUUGAACACCAUGUACCAAUGAACUCAUUUGUUUUUUUUGAAAAUUUUAGGAUAUUGUUAACUAACAAAACUUAUAAAGAUUAAAAUAAUAAACAAUAAAAUUUUAGAAGAAUAUUAAAAUUUAUGUUACCUUGUAUUUGACAACAAAAAGUUUAAGCGAAACUACAGGGUCACAUUCCCUGAUGUUUGAUGUGUGCUGGUGAUAUAGUGUUAGUAGGAAAUGGUGAAAGCGACUUAGAACAAAAAAUGGGGCAGUGGAAGCAAGCUCUUACCCCGGGAGUAAUCGCGCUCACUUCUGUAACGUGAAUAUUCGCGUGUCAGAUUUCAUCUCACAAUACGAAUUUACAACAAAUUUUUAUUUUAUAGUAUUUUUAUUUACUUGCUAUGUUAGAAAUAUUAUUUCUAACAAUUAUUAAAGCUAAUUGGCUCUCCCCAAAGCCAUAAAUUCCACAAAAAGAAGAAAAAAAAAUACCUUCGCAUUACUACACCCUUCCUCGAGGCACUUACGAAAUUUUUUCAAAAUUGCAAAAUUUUUCUUCAAGUUAUCGCGAAAAAGGAUACAAUGUGAGAUUCUAUCUAACGGCGCAACUACUCGCGGGUUAAGGAAAAAGGUUUAAAACUUAGUAGAACAACAUCAGAGUAUUUGGAAUGCUCAUUUAAAGAUGGAAUUAUUACAAGUAAAAUGGUGUUUUUAGAUGGAAAAUGAUUGUGAAAAGUAAUAGUUGUGAAAAGUAUCUAGGAUCAGUAUUACAGAGAAAUGGGGAAAUAGAUGGAGAUGCGUGCAGUAGAACUAGGGUUGGAUGGAUUAAGUGUAAGGAAGCGAGUGGUGUGUUGUGUAACAGAAGAAUUCCAAUAAAGCUGAAGGGAAAAUUCUAUAAAAUAGCCAUAAGACCGGUUGUGAUGCACGGAUCUGAAUAUUGUGCCGUUAAAAAGAAAGAGGAAUAACAACUGCACGUAGUGGAACUGAGAAUGUUUAGAUUGAAAAGUGGACUGGCAAAAAUUGAUAUAAUUAAAGAUAAGUAUAUUAAGGGAAAUCUAGGGAUGGCACCAAUUGUUGUCAAAAUUAGAAUGAGCAUAGGUUACGAUGGGUUGGUCAUAUUCAAUGUCAAGACGGUAAUCACUGUAUAUGAAGAAUUGCUGAUAUAAGUGUUCUUGGAACGAGUAGGAGGAGAGAAAGAUCAAACAAGACCUGGGGUGAGACGCUUAGGCAAGGCAUAUCGGUAAAGGGGAUUGAUAUUAAUAUGAUCCAAAAUAGAAAGUUACGGAGAAAUGUAAUUAGAGAAGCCAACAUUUUUGGUGCGCCAACAUAAGAGUUAGAUUUCCUUACAUAUAUUUAAAUUGAAACUUAACAUAUCAAAACAGCGUAUUAUGUGGCCGCUUCUACCAAAGGCCUACUGAAUUAUUUCCACAUAGACUGAUCUUAAAAUAUUUUUUAUUAUUAAGCCGGCCAAUCAGGGUACUGCGACGUCGUUUAACUUUGUCGAAUUCGAAUUGGCAAACAUUUUGAUCGUGUACGACAGUGCAUCUAGCGAAAUCAUACAAUUUGACCUCAGACAGUCAGACAUUUCCGCUACAUUACUGCAGAAAUUGAUAUCAUCGACAAUCUUGUCGAAAGAUACCUCAGUACUCUGGAUUACUUUUUUUGAUAAAACACCGGUUUUCGGUUAUACCGGUUUUUUCUACCUUCGGUUUAACCUGGCGGUUAUAACCGGUCAAAAAACCCGUUAUUCUAUAAACCGUUGUUCGGUUUUUUUAUUCAUAGCCAAUACCCAAUAGGAUACAUUUACAUUGCGCUUUAGUUAGCGAUACUCCAUUCGAAUCGAUAUCAGUCUAUAUCAAUAUGUAAAUCAGUCAUCAGUGUUGUGAAAUCGGUUUCAGUCAGCUGAAAAUUUCUCAUUACACGCGGGGAGCGAAAAAUUUUCCCAUUUUUCUCUGAAUUCAGUAUUUUUUCCACUUAUCCGGUUUUUCACCUCUUAUUUCUUAAAAAAAAACGGUUAAACGGUUAUAAAUGGGACAAAAAACAACCGGAAAAACCGAUUAUUGCGGAGGAAAAAACCGGUUUUAUUUUAUAACCGGUAGGUUUUUCUCAUCCCUACUCAGUACUGUGACUGGCCGGCUUUAGAAAAACCAAAUAGGUCAAAUAAAUUAAUCUUGUUUUGCGUUUACUCAAAAAUGCAUAUUUUUAUAGAUUCAUUGGUACUUGAAGUAUUUAAGUUAACUAAAUUUAUCUAUUAUAGCUCUUGGUCUAAGAAUAGAUGUAAAUUAUUAAAAUAUAGCACAUAUUGUGAGAUUUUUAAUUGAUAUAAGUACAAACUGGUCAGAGACGGAUUUAAACUGUUAAUCGUAUUGUAAUUUUCUAUACUGAACAGGACUCAACAUUUUGUACAUAUUAAAUUGACGAAUAAGCUGAUCAGCAAAUUUUUAAUGAAUCUUUAGAUGAUUUUUUGCUAAUGUACGUUAAUAUUUACUUUUAUUUUCUGAAUUAUCUCCAUCUUUAACGUUUUGCUCUGACUGAACUACUAAUCUCGAUACACAUUAUUUUUAUUCAUUCAUAAAAAAACAUGUGGCAAUUGAUGACUUAAGUACCUUGUUGAGGUUUUCUUGAUUAAUUAUCGGAAGUCCAAAGAAAAGAGUCCACCUCGAUACUUGGCAGUAUUUAUCAGAUUUUAAGCAAAUGACGAAACAGGGGGGACACAUUUUUACGGUAUACAGGGUGUGUGCGUAACUUGGAACCAUAUGGGAAACUUUUUUAAUAUAAAUUUUACGAAAAAAGGUCAUUCUUUAUAAAGUGCUCUGCAUAAUCUAAAACCUAGAUGCAAUCAUCAGAUAUCAAAUUUUGUUAACAGUAUACGAGGUAUGUCAAAAAAUAUGAAUUUCGCUCAAGAGCAAACUACCUUUAUAUUUCAAAAUAUCGAAAAACUUUUAUUAUGAAAAGUUAUUUGUAAUUAAAAACAAUAUUCAAAUAUGCAAUAACAGCCUUCUACUUGAAAAAAAAAAUUCUGAAAUUUUCCUAACUUACCGAUUCCGAACGUCAUUUUUAUUUAUUAGACAUGUAAUAACUCUUUUAUUAAUAAUUUUAGGAAAAAAGUUAUUCUUCAUAAAAAUCUGGGCAUGGUCUAAACCUCAAGAUGCAACCAUCAGUUAUCCAAGUUUGUUAAUUUUAUACGAGGUUUGUCAAAUAAUAUGAAUUCAGAAAGAAUUUCUAAAAAUUAACCUGUGCAAAGCUUUUCUUUACAGUGAAUAUUUAGCGAGGUAUAGCUGCUUCAAACCUCUAUUUACAAGCAAACCUCCUUAUUCGAGCCCUUUAAACUCAUCCCACUUAAAAACUAAGGGAUCUUACGGAAUUUAAUUUAUAUAGUCUUAUAGCUCUUAUAGCUAUAAGAUGCCCACCAGUUAUAGAAAAAGACGAAGAUGACAUCGAUCUCAAUGAAGAUGACUAAAAACUAUUUGUAUUUGUAUUUGUAAAUUCGUAUUUUUGUGUAAAUAAAUGUUUUUGUACGUAAUUCUACUUUUUUUUCUAUAUAGACCUAUUAAAUUACUUAUAAAAAUGCAAUGUUACUAAGGGUGAUUUUUAAGGGUUGUAAUAAUAUAUUAUAUCUUAAAGCAUAAAACAAUUAUUAUUUAACCAAUCAAAACAAAAUUUUACCCAUAUUAAGGUUUACAAUGUUUUUAUAUAAUUUUUGAAAAUAAGGGGUAAUUUACACCCUUAAAAUAAUCAACGCCCUUGAACAUGAUAUAGAAUAUGAAGUACAGGGUGAGAUGAUCCUAAUCCCAAAUUUUUAUGCAAAUCGAUGCAAGCCGAAAUCAUUCUUUUAGGAUAAAUGUUUUUUUAUAUAUAGCUCCAACAAGGGUAGUUUUAAGAGUUGAAAUAUUAUGAUAUAUCCUAGAGCAUAAAACAAUCAUUAUUUAACUAAUAAAAACCAAAUGUCGACCAUAUUAAAGUUAAAAAAGUUGCUUUAUAAUUUUUUACAAUUAGGGGUAUUUAUCACCCUUAAAAACCCAAAAGCGUACAACGGCUCAAUAUAGAAAAUGAACUAGAGGGUAAAAUGGGCCUAAUCCCAAAUUUUUGUACGAUGCUGGACGAAAAAAUUGCGAGGUUUUGCCAUUUUUUCAGCUUCAUUUCCUGGCCUAUAUGUUCAAAUCAUGAUAAGUGACAAGUAGUUGAAACGGUCAAAACAAAGAGACGCAGAGUCAUCAAAAAAGCACGUGAGAUUAUACUCGUAUAAUCAACAUUUACUGAAUCGAUCCAUAACUCAAACUAUUAAAAGUUGAACUAAAUUUUUCAAAUCAACUUUUACUGAUCGAUUUAGUUGUAGUUGACUCGAACUAGGAAUAGUCAAUAGUCAACUCUAACUGAGAAUCAACUUGAACUGUAACAUAUACAGUAUGUCCCUGUAAGUUGUAUCCAUAUGGAAAACUUUUUUAUUAUUAAUUUUACGAAAAAAAGUUAUUCUUCAUAAAAAGCUCUGCAUGGUCCAAAACCUAAGAUUCAACCAUCAGAUAUAAAAUUUUAUGAAUGUUAUACGAGGUAUGUCAAAAAAUUUGAAUUUCACUCAAGGGUAAAGUAGCUUUAUUUUUCACAAUAUUGAAAAUUGCUAUUAUGAAAAGUUGUUUGGAAUUAAAAACUAUAUUCUAAUAUGCAUUUACAUCCUUCUAAUUGAAAAAAACAAUUUUUUUGAAAAAUUACAUUAUUUUCAGUUAUUCAAUUCUGAUAACUCUUUUAUUAUUAAUUUUACGAAAAAAAAGUGAUUCUUAAUAAAAAGUUCUGGAUAGUCUAACACCUAAAAUACAACCAUCUUAUAUCAAAUUUUAUCAAUUUUAUACGAGGUAUGUCAAAAAUGAUAAAUUUAGAUCAAAAGUAAAGUACUUUUAUAGUUCAGAAUAUUUCAAUUAGAAGGAUGUAAUUACAUACUGGAACAUAGUUUCUAAUUCUAAAUAACUGAAAAUAAUGUUGUUAUCCAUAAUUUUUCAAAAAAAUAAUUUUUUAAUUAGAAGGAUGUAAUUGCAUACUAGAACAUAUUUUUUAAUUCCAAACAACUUUUCAUAAUAGCAAAUUUCAAUAUUGUGAGAAAUAAAGCUACUUUACUCUUGAGUGAAAUUCAAACUUUUUGACAUACCUCGUAUAAUAUUCAAAAAAUUUGAUAUUUGAUAGUUAAAUCUUAGGUUUUGGACAAUGCAGAGCUUUUUAUGAAGAAUAACUUUUUUUCGUAAAACUAAUAAUAAAAAAGUUUUCCAUAUGGAUACAACUUACAGGGACAUACUGUAUAUUAAGUAAGUAUUUUAAGUUCAAUGAUGAAGGUCCGAUGGGAACGAAAAGAUUAGCAAUUAACAAACAUAUUAGAAGUUUGUGCUUCGCUGUCAAGUUUUUAUUUGUCUUUAUUAUAUUUUAGAUGUUGCUCAAAAUUUUGUUGUAAGUUAUAGAUAUAGAUGAAACAGACCUGUUCCCUAUGGGACCUAUUACAAACCAUUUAAAAAACAAAAAUGAUUCUGAUAGAAAUUGAAAAGAGACUUUUCUCUCGAAAAUAAUGCGUACCUACUAUCUUCUAAGUAUAUGAAUCUGGAUCUCACAAUAUGUGCUAAAGUUUGUUCUGAUAUAUAGAAAUAAUUAUUAAUCAAAAUAAGGUUAAAUUUUGAUACACAAAAUUAUAGUUAUUAAGUUUGUAAUAUAUGUUUAUGAGAGAAACUUUUGGAACAAUUUUAUAACGAUUAUUUACUUUGACUGAUUAAUUAUCUAGUUCAUAGUCCCUUAGUCGUUGUACCAAAGAAGCAAUCACUGUCAAAAACAAAACUAAUCAAAAUCCCUUCCCCACUAACUGUUAACAGUGUGUAUUAUAAUUCAAAUUCCAUUUAAACAAUAAAUCUAUGAUAAACUAA